AUGAACAAGAACAGUGCUGAUGUGAAAGGCUGCACCAUGUAUGUGGCUUUGUUCCCCUGCAACGAGUGCGCCAAGCUCAUCAUCCAGGCAGGUUUGAAGGAAGUGGUUUAUCUUUUUGACAAGCACCAUGGCACUCCGGAGGUGACUGCAUCCAAAAGGAUGCUCAGCAUGGCAGGUGUACACUGCAGGGAGUUCAAGCCCAAGAAGACAGAGAUUGUCAUUGAUUUUAAUUCCAUUAACCACCCUGGAAUGCUGAACACCGCAACCAAGUGA